AUGGCCGUCGACACAAGCUACUUGACCACCCAGGUCAAUAACAUCGUAGAACAGCUGCAUGGGAUCUUCGAUGAGAUUGGAGUCCCCACCCAUGAGCGGGACUCGCGCGAGGCAGAGCUUUUCAGCGCUCUGUCAGCGACACUUAACAGUCACCUCAAGCUCGUCGAUGAAGAAAAGGUGCAGAUGACGAAAGAAGCCCAACGCCUCAUCACAACUAUUCAACAAAUGGAGGCGUCUUUGGGCGAUGAGCGGGCCAAUGGCAAGUACGAGCUCAAUCGCGAUGACCUGCGCAUCACCUACCCGCUCAACCGAUGCAUCGCAUUCUUGCGCGAAAAGAACGAGGCCAUGACCAAGCUGCACCGUGAGAGAUUCGAACAGGUUAAGAAACUGGUCGACGCUCUGGAAUCCUACUCGUCUCACCUUGAGUCAUCAUUUCUUUCGAUUGAACUGCCUCCCACUGCUCCAGGCUCAGUAAUUCCGCCCAGCUUCGAUCUUUCACCUGCAUAUGUCACAGCCUUGGACUCCGAAUUCUCCCGAGUCUAUGAAGAAUAUCAUCGCCGCAUCUCUUUCGUCCAAACCACUUCCGAGGAGAUCAUCAAGCUCUGGGCUGAGCUCGGAACUCCGCAAGUGCAAACCGAUUCCAACAUUGUCAAGUGCUACCGCGAAUCUCCUGAGCAGCUCGGACUGCACGAGACCGACCUUGCCAAUCUUAUGGGUAAGCGUGACAAGUUGGUGGAAGAGAAGAAGGGACGCGAGCGCAAGAUUAAGGAGCUCCGGGUCAAUGUCGAGAGCCUUUGGGAGCGAUUUGGGGUUGAAGAGGGAGACCGCAAGGCAUUCCUUUCUGCCAACCGUGGCUGCGGUCUCCGCACUAUUAAUGAAUUUGAAGAGGAGCUGGCUCGUCUCAAUGAAUUGAAGAGACAGAACUUGCAUUUAUUUGUCGAGGACGCUCGUUGCCGUCUGCAGGAGCUCUGGGACUCCCUGUACUUCUCGGAGGAGGAGAUGCUUGACUUUACCCCUGCCUUUUCCGAUGUAUGCAGUGAUGCUUUGCUCGAGGCCCACGAAGCUGAGAUCUCCCGCCUGGAAACACUCAAGGAGCAGCGCGCACCUACGCUGGAAAUGAUUGAGAAGCACCGCAGCCUUCUGUCUGAUCGGCAGGCUCUGUCUGCAUCGAGCCAAGAUGCAUCCCGACUCAUGGGCCGCGGGAAGGGCGAGAAGCGCGACCCAGGAAAACUUUUGCGCGAAGAGAAGAUGCGCAAGAGAAUUGCAAAGGAACUGCCUAAAGUCGAGGCUGAUCUGCGCAAGGAGCUCGAGCAUUGGGAGGAUGAGUUUGGCCGCCCUUUCUUGGUCCAUGGAGACCGGUACCUCGAUAGCUUGACACCUUCAACCACCAAACAGCCACCUCGCUCCAAAACCCCUUCUGCGCCCCCAUCCACAAUGAAAGCCAGUGCUGCCAAGCGUGAUCCUAUCUCGCGCCCGGGCAGCUCCAUGCGCGGACCUCCCCCGCCUCGCUCUGCCACCAAGACCCCGACAAGCAGCGGGCCUGUGAAGCACAACACUAUCGGCUAUGCUGGAGCUAGGGCUGGUGCCAGAUCUCCUUCCAAGCUUCCCGCCCGGGCCCCUCUGAGCAACAUGCCGUAUGGAAGCAACUCUUCUGAACCUCGCACUGGUCCUGGCUCGUACGCGUCCAGCACAAUCAAUGGCAAGAUGCCUCCUCCUCGUGGACCUCCACCAAGGAUGCGUGCAUUGACUGUCGAGUCUAAAGAGCGUAGCAGUCACGCCAUGGAACCCCCACGCUGCAAUAGUGCGAUGUCAACCGCCUUUGUCAGGCCUGUGAGCCCUGAGGAUGUCUACGAUGAUCGCCAGCGGUCUUUCAUGAGCGCAUCCGUUAUGUCCAAUCACCGGUCUACUGGGUUCUCUCACUCUUCCCACUCUUCACAAUCGUCCUUGAAUUCCUCUCUGCAGGGGUUCCCUCGAGUCAAUCCCUACCUGUCACAAGCACCACCCCCACCUGCCCUUCGUCAAACCUCGAACUCGUCCACCGUCAACACCGCCACCUCCUGUUCUGAGAACUGGGAGACCUUCGAUGACGCCUCCGGAUCAGAGGAGGAUGCUAGCGACAUCUACUACUCCAGGCUGCGUGCCGCACAAGGCAAACGAUUUGCCCCCGAUGACGGCGUGGAUCUGAUGGGAAAAAAGUCCAAGGGAAUCCGUAGCGUCAGUCCUGACGGGCCACACCCUGGCCAGAUGAUCCGCGUCGCGGGCAGUGACACUGAGUGGAACGAUGACUUCGAGACCUACUAA